UCGCGUAGUUUUGCUCUAGCCGUCGGACCGUGUGGAAGUGAGCGGACGCGCUCCUGCUCAGUGUAUGUGUGUACGCAAAACACGGAGCUCAACACACGCAGCGUGGUGAACUAAUAGCGACUAGUGCACGUUAGUAUAGCUACAGAGAAAGAGAGAGAGAGAGAAACGAUGGUCUCACUUCUUGGCUGCUCGCACUUCUAGUUGGCUCUACUUGUGUGGAUCUGAUUUCAGCACUGCACCCUUCCCUACCCAACUAGUGGCCGCCCGUCGGGCGAACCGAGAAGUGCAUUGUGGUGCAAGAUUUCACACACACCGACCGACCGACACACAAACGGAAGUGGACAGUGCAAAAUGACACCCAUGUGAUUAAAUAGAGCAAACCAAGAACGUGCUGAAAACGAGCCCCGGAAGUGACGUGGAAGGAAGUAAAAUAGAAAAAACAGGAGCGUAAGCCCUUUUGUGUGUUCGUGUGUGUGUGUUAGUAGCAAACGGUAGCAAUAGUAAACGAGCCCCGGUGGACGGGGUCGGUUCGUGACGAGGAAGAGUGAAAUUAGUGCAACGGCGUUGAAUUAGUUGGUGAAAAUUGGCGAAACAAAUAAGUGGAGAAAGUACAUAAAAAGCGUGCUCGCGUGUGUGUUUGUGUGUAUGCAGCUUUGAGUUUGUUUGUGUGUGUGAAUGUGUGCUAUUCCCUUGCGGUAGAAAGGGACUCCCCGGAAAAGUCCAUUGGCUUUGGAGCAGUGCGGUAGUGAGCGAUGGAAAGGACAAUGGCACUGGUGACGCUGGUCGUCCUGACCGUGGUGCUAGCGAUUGGUGGUGGCACGGUGGCCGGCGAGUUGGUGACAACCCACGACCAGAAGGCUACCCAGUGCUGCCAGGAGUCGUACAUGGUGGACGGCAAGCAGCAGCGGUGCGUGCGCACCGACGGUAAUUACACGACGGAAAUGCACCUCAACUGUACCCACAGCUACAUGAUCUUCCGCGAGAUCGAGCAGGAGGUGUACGUGGACGAGACGGGCAGCUUGGUCGAUGGCGAGUUCCGCAUCCAGCGCAACGACUACUGUGUGGCCCACACGCACGACGGCGAGAGCACGCAGCCGGUGUUUAUCGUGUGCUUCAACAUGGCCAACAUGGACACGAUUGCGACGAUGCUCAUCAGCAAGGGCAUCAUGAUGCUGAUCUCCGUGUUCUUCCUGCUCGUCACGCUCUACAUCUACUACAUCAUACCGGACCUGCGCGAAACGCAGGACAAGGUGACGUCGGCAGCCGUCGGCAGCCUGGCCGUAUUCAUGUUCCUGCUCAGCCUGGUCCAGCUGUGGGUGUCACUAACGCACACGCCCUUCUGCACCGUCAUCGCGUUCCUGAUGUACUUCUUCCUCAUCAGUUACUUCGCAUGGUUGAACAUGGUGAUGGCGAACGUAUGGAAAUUGACAGUUGCACGCCGGUGGAAGAUCCGAGAGCGAUCCUGGUAUAUCCUGAACCACAUCUACGCCAUCACCGUCGCAGUGACGUUAACGACCAUGGUUUACAUUUAUCACAGCCGGUAUCCGACGAUGGGUGAAAUCUCCUGCUGGUUCCGAACCGAGCGGGAACAGUCGUACUUCGUCUACCUACCGCUGAGCGUGAUGCUGAGCAUAAACAUUUUCCUGUUCGUCUGGACGAGCCUGCAUCUGCAUGCGAGCGGGGACGACCUUAGCCCGGAUCGAAAAAAGUCACUCCGGUACAAGUGCAUGCUGUAUCUGAAGCUGUUCCUGCUGUCCGGGCUGAUCUGGGUGUUCGAGAUCCUGUCGUUCCACAUGAGCGAAGGUCUGGUGCCCCAGUCCUGGUUUUGGAUCAUCGUCGACGCGGUCAACUGUCUGCACGGGGUGCUCAUCUUCUUCGUGCUGAUCGUCUGGCGGCAGCGCAUCAAGCGCGAGCUGGCCAACCGGUGGGUGUUCUGCUUCCGGGCGCCGGCACGCUGGGCCGAGCUGAAGGACGACGAGCAGGAACACUUGCACGAAGAGGGUCGCGAUACGGGGAAGUAUGAUCUUAUCAUCAAGUAAACACACACCGGAACCUUACGAAACAGCAAACCCAACCCAGCGAGGAUGGCUCAUCGGAACGGCCACCUGCCAUCUGAUGACGGCAGGAGAAUGUGUGGCACCUCACCACCGUCGAUGGCCUCAUUUGUGACGAGCUGUACAAGCAGCGUUAGAUAGAAACGUUCCUGUGGGAACGCACAUAGUCCAUUAGGACCAUUUUAUACCCAAGCGGUUUCCCAACAACACCCGAUCGAACAGGUGUGAGCAUUAUUUUUAUCACAUUCGAUUUGGUGGCUAUCACAGCUAUAGCAACAACAGCAACAGCAACAAAAACUAGUUACACACACACUUGUUAAGGCGUUAGGGUUACGUUAGCAUUAUGGGGAGGGUAAUGUGUUGCAGAAGUUGAUGAAGAAUUUACACUAUACAUAGAGGCGCGCGUACAAUGUUUAAACAGAUCUAGCGUUGCGUCGCAAAAGUUGCGUUAUCUAAUAUGCUACACCCGCCUGCCUUUGCAACCCGCUGCUGCACCGUGUGCGGUGGCGUGAUUGAGGUGAUGCCUAAGUCUGUUAAUGGAAUUUACAUACAAAGAACUACUACUAUCGGUUAGGUGAUGCGGAAUGUUUGAACUACAAUAAACUUUGCAGCAGCAUAGCUUUA